ACUGGCGGGUCUCUUUGCGUUCUCAUUAUUGGGUGGAUAUCGUUUGGUAAGUAUGCUUCCUCUGGUGUGAGGGUCAGUACCAAGCUACCUCCAGCAGCCACGGACAGAUGUUUCCUAAGCAACGCCACAUUUUCCGAAAAUACCACCUUAUACACGACCUUACCUUAUUAUAACUCGUCCGUACAGUUUGAUCCGAACAUCUCCAUGACGACAGUGACGCCUUUGGAUAUGGUUGGACCACAAGGUAUUGAUGUCCUGUAUUCCUUGUCCUACAAAUGGCUGGGAGCAACCGGUAUCCUCAUAGUCAUUAUCACGGGCUCCAUCGUCAGCCGUCUCAGUGCUCCAGUUCCCGUGGAUCCAAGCUUAGUGAUACCUCUGUGUGACUUGCUGUGCUGUUGUUUACCCGAAAAAGUCAGAUCCAUGUUCAGAUGUGGCAUCGAAAGUCAAAACAGGAAUUAUGACAUCACCGCAGACAGAGAAAAUUUAGAUGAGGAAGGAAAACGCUUGAAUGAAGAAAUAACCAGUACCCAACUACAUUCCGAAGAAACCGAACCAACCGACUCAAAGAAUACCGCAGAUAAAUCGGAUACACUGUUAGCAGUAUCUACCUGA